UUGAUCUGAUGCAACUCUUCUAUUUUUCCAAUGAUAUCUUCAAUGGUAGAUUUCGAGGAAUUUUUCAACCUUGUACAAUAAUUACUUAAUGAAUAAUCAUUGGAAUUAACGAAGUUCUCAUUUUACCUUCACAUCUUAUAAAGUUGCUUUCUUUUAAAAUUCAAUUAGCCAAGGGGACGGAUUCAAAACAAUUUAAAGAAACCCCGAUAUUGCGUCUUUUAUUCUAAAAUCGAGUAAAGAAGGAAUUGUGGAACAAAUAUUUUACUUUUAUUAUCGUUCAUAUUCAACUAAAUAUUUGGUAGAUUCAUAGAAGAAAAAUGUCCAUAUCGAAGUUUUACGAAAAUGUGGACAUAUUUUUAACUGGAGGAACGGGAUUUUUGGGAAAGAUUCUUAUUGAGAAAUUGCUACGGUCUUGCAAUGUUAGAAAAAUUUACAUUUUAGUCAGAUGCAAAAAGGGAAAAACAGUAGAAGAAAGGAAAGAGGAAUUGCUUAAUUGUAAAAUUUUUGAAAAAGUUUUACUGAAAAAUCCGGAUAUUUGCAACAAAGUCGAAUGCAUCGAAGGAAAUAUCUGUGAAGAAAAUUUGGGAAUUUCCUCUUCGUAUAUGAAUCUGAUAAGGAAAAAUGUUUCGAUGGUGUUUCACUUGGCCGCAUCGCUUAAAUUCAACGAACCUUUUCCCGACUCAUUCGUCAACAACGUGGAAUCGACAAAAAAUCUGAUCCAAGUUUGUCGUCAGAUGGAAAAUUUACUGGUAUUAGUGGAGACGUCUACUGCUUAUUCUUUCUGCAAUAAUGAGGAAGUUAAUGAGAAAAUCUAUACUAUGUCCAGAACUUACGAAGAAUUUAAGAAUCUCGCAAAUGUACGAAAUAACGCUUCAGUAGAGGUAACAGAUGAAAAUAUUUUGGAAGGUCGACCUAACACUUACGCUUUAACAAAGGCCAUAAUAGAAAAUUAUUUAAAUGACUUCUGUAGAGAUUUGCCUUUAGUUAUUGUAAGACCUUCUAUUGUGGGUUGCAGUUGGAAGGAACCUAUUGACGGAUGGAACGAUAGCUCGACCGGUGCCAAUCAUUUAAUUUCAGCUGGAAUGAAAGGAGUUUUGAGGACCAUGUUAAUUGAUGAGGAUAAAUACAUUGAUUUAGUUCCUGCGGACAUGGUGGUUAAUUUAUUAAUAGCUGCGGCUUGGAAAAAAGCGAAGAUUCCUCACCGAAGAGAUGACGAAAUCCCAAUAUACAACUGCACUUCAAGAACCAUAAAUCCUUUGACUUGGAGCGAGUUUACCGAAUUGUUACACGUAAACUUUUGGAAUUAUCCCCCGAAGAGCACCUUUUUAUAUCCGACAAAAUUCCCCAAGAAAAACUAUUAUUGGAAUCGUCUAUGCAUUGUGAUGCAGCAUCAGUUUCCUGCAAUGUUAACCGAUAUAUUUCAACUUGCUAUGGGCAGAAAACCAAUGAUGAUGAAUAUCUACAGAAGAGUUCACAAGACUAUGAAAGUGUUACAAUAUUUCUGUACAAGAGAAUGGAUGUUUCAUGCUAAUAAUCUGGAGGAACUGUUUAAAGCAAUGUCGACACAAGAUAAACAGAAUUUUAAUUUCGACAUCUCAAAACUCAAUUGGAAUGACUACAUAAAAAAUUACAUUCUGGGCUUUAGGAGAUUUGUUUUCAAGGAGGAUGAUUCGACCAUUCCUCUAAGCAGAAAGAAUUUGUUGAUGAAAUAUUACAUAAUUUUAUUUAUGAAAAUUGGAUUGCUUUUGGCAUUUCUUUAUAGUCUCAUCUUCAGAAAAAUUAAGUUUAUCAUUUAGAUUCGUGCAUUAAUUGUCUAUCAAUUUAUGUUAAGUUUAUAUCAUACUACAACUGUAUUAAAGCACAGUUGAGUCUCACAAUUGAAUUUUGUACGUAUGUGUAUACUAUACAGUAAAAAAACGGCCUCGGUUGACAGGUUAGUUUAUCGUAUUAAUCACUAUUGUAACUGUUUUGCUGACCGCACUUACCACUACAGACUAGCAGUACACACUAAAAUUUCCCUGCGUCAAUGUGUCGGCCUAUACAGACUCUACUGUAUAUUGUAACGGUAUAAGCAAUGUAACGGAUUAAACUAUAAACAUGGAUAAUUCUAUUAUAUAAAUAAAAAAAAAUACAAACUUCUUUAUAUGGUUUUUACUUUAAUAAAUAGAAAAUUGUUGUUUUUUUACUAACGAAAAAUAUAACAAAACAUCUUUAAAUUACGUGUAAAUAUACACAUAAUUUUUUCUUAAUUAAUAAUACACAGCAGACUCGAUGUAGUGAACGAGUCUGUCAGUU